AUGGGUUUUAACAUCAACGAAGCAGGCAAAAGAACCUCGGUUGUCAUGAAGAACAGACUCGAUUAUCUUCAAGAGGAGUGUAUUUAUAACAUGGAUUCUCAUCGUGACCCCGCCCUUGACCCGCCCAAGGAACUAAUCGUAAACGAAAGGUAUGGCAUCAUAUAUUGUAAUGUUCCUAAAGUUGGUUGUACGAACUGGAAAAACGUCUUCCUCAAAAUUGGUGGCAUAGAUGAUAUACGAAUCAAAGCUCUUCAAAGACUCCCAACCAAUACACGAGGUAGAAUAUACCUAGAUUACUUCCAUCAGUACACCAAUAUCAGCCAAAGGCAGUUCAUGCUCCGAAAGUUUACCAAGUUCAUGUUUUCUCGGCACCCGUUCACUCGGGUACUUUCGGCUUUCCGAGACAAGCUUGCACCAAAUACUUCAUUGCUUUUUCAGAGAAAAUGGCCGAAACAGGAUGUGAAUUGGAUUGAAAGGUAUGGAAUCCCGAUCAUUGAGAAAUAUCGCGGUGCUGAAGCGGCUGCCUCCAUUAAAACGAACUUGAGAACAAAGUAUGAUAUCAAAUUCUCUGAAUUUGUCGACUAUCUCAUAGACACCAAUCCUUUGUCAUUUGAUAAGCAUUGGAAUCUUGUAAGUGUGAUGUGUAGACCUUGUGACGUCAAAUAUGACAUCAUCGGGAAAUAUGAAACACUGGACGACGAUGCAGACUUUAUCCUCAGAUCGGCAAAUGUUGACCCAUCAGUAAAAUACCCACAAGCGUCGAAAUCUGCUACGAACAGUUCAUCACUGGAUAUUCUAAAGAAAUAUUACAGCCAACUUACGAGAAAUCAGUUGCAGAAGUUAUAUGAAGUGUAUAAAAAGGAUUUUGAAUUAUUUGACUACAGCUUGGAAGUUUUCUAUAAAUAUUUGAGUUGAUGGACGAUAAAUAAAAUAUCUUUUAAUUUAACAAAAUCUCACAUUCAAGAUUCACUCUUAUGUUAAAUUACUGCAUUGCAGAGUCUAGAAUUUUUAAUCUCAAAGUGUUUAAAGAGAUUGAAAAUUCUAGUUCCAAAAACAUCGUUAUAUGAUUAAUUUAUAGACCCCCUGAUACGAAUAUCAAUCUUUUCCAUGAUGAUAGUUUCUUAAUGAAGUAGGGAAUGAAAACAAGCAUAUUUAUAAAUUCAAAUUCAUCAACUCAGAUUGAAGGCGAGAUAAUUUCGAGGGAGAAGACGUGUCUUUGCUUUGCUCAGAAUAUUGUCAACAUAUAGCCGAAAGCACUUAGAAAUGACUGCUAAAUUUUACAUCGUGUGAAAGCUGAUUGGACACCAAAGCAAGUGAUAUGAUAUUUAUUGUUUGACUUUUGGAGACUGCGAAGUUAUCGUCGGAAAAAACAUCAAUUUUCGUCAAUUUUAAUAUUCAAUAUUUAUUUCAAAAUCAACAUCACGCGCGAGAUACUAACGCGCAUCACUAAUGCCGUGUUUACACUUACACCGUGCUUACACUUGAUCAGAAUCGGCUUUUGGUUUAUCUUGCACUGCGUUUACACGCUGUUACAGCUCGCGGUUCAGAACCGCGAGCCAAUGCUAAAACCUGAAAUGAUAUGCACACCAACAAUAUACGUCAUAAUAAAGACAACGCUGGAUCCGUGCGCUUACAAUUACGUCACAAUGGUAAAGUAAACUAAAUGCGCACCAAUUGCC